GUGUGUGCGUGCGUGUGUGUGUGUGUGUGUGUUUGUGUGUGAGUGAGAGUGAGUGAGUGAGUGUGUGCAGGCACACGUGUAGGCACGUGUUUUUAUCCAGGCCACUAAGUAUUGGGAGCAGAUUGUGACCUGAACACACCACAGAGUGACAAUGAGCGAGCUAGAACAGUUGCGGCAGGAAGCUGAGCAGCUACGCAAUCAGAUUCGGGAUGCCAGGAAAGCCUGUAGUGACUCCACUCUGUCACAGAUCACAGCUGGUUUGGACUCAGUGGGCCGGAUACAGAUGCGGACACGACGCACUCUCAGGGGCCACCUGGCCAAGAUCUAUGCAAUGCACUGGGGAAGCGACUCCAGGUGUCUUGUGAGUGCCUCGCAAGAUGGAAAGCUAAUCAUCUGGGACAGCUACACAACAAAUAAGAUGCAUGCCAUCCCACUCCGCUCCUCCUGGGUAAUGACGUGCGCUUACGCCCCCUCUGGGAACUAUGUGGCCUGUGGAGGUCUGGACAACAUCUGCUCCAUAUACAGCCUGAAGACCCGGGAAGGCAAUGUACGCGUGACCCGGGAGCUACCUGGGCACACAGGUUAUUUGUCCUGCUGUCGUUUCUUGGAUGACAACCAGAUACUGACCAGCUCUGGUGACACCACCUGUGCAUUGUGGGACAUAGAGACAGGCCAGCAGGCCACCACCUUUGCUGGCCACACAGGAGAUGUGAUGAGUUUGUCUCUAAGCCCUGAUUACAAGACCUUCGUGUCAGGAGCCUGUGACGCCACCUCCAAGCUGUGGGACAUCCGUGAUGGCAUGUGCAGGCAAUCCUUCACUGGCCAUGUGUCCGACAUCAACGCUGUCACUUUUUUCCCCAACGGGAAUGCCUUUGGCACAGGCUCAGAUGACGCCACCUGCAGGCUGUUUGACCUGCGCGCUGACCAGGAGCUGAUGAUGUACAGCCACGACAACAUUAUCUGUGGCAUCACUUCUGUGGCUUUCUCCAAGAGUGGUCGCCUGCUCCUGGCCGGCUAUGACGACUUCAACUGCAACGUCUGGGACACUCUGAAAGGAGAGCGUGCAGGUGUGCUAGCAGGUCACGACAACAGAGUCAGCUGUUUAGGAGUGACAGAAGACGGCAUGGCUGUGGCCACGGGCUCCUGGGACAGUUUCCUCCGGAUUUGGAACUAAAACAAACCACCUCCCUAUCAUACUCGAUCACUGCCUGCCAAACUCCUCCCUGCAAACAUACCCAACCCAUCCCGACUCAUCUGCUGGGCUGGAGCUGAGGGGUGCACACUGUGUCAGCCAAAAUCCUCUUAAUUCACCCCCAGUUCUCCUCUCCUCUGCCCAUCUGUGAGAAAGUAUUGACUCUUUCUACCUUUAUAAGUGUUUUGUUUUGUUUUUUUUGUCCAUGCAGCGACGCACAGCAACAAAACUUAAGAACUUUAAUUAAAGUUGUCCAAUCAAACUAAAUUUUAUGAAAAACUGAAGGAAGAAAUAGAUCUGUUACCAUGACCAACAACAAAUGAGAUGACCAUCAGUAUGUCAGUAUGUAAUGUGUGUAUAUAUAAAGACAGUAUAUAUGUACAGCAUUAUGUGUGUAUAUAUGCAUCAUAUAUGCAUAUAUAAUCUGUAUGUAUAUGUUUUUGUAGUUUUAUUUCCCACCCUUUUAGUUUUUUUUUAUAUAUAUAUAUACAUUUUUUUGGGGGGGUUAUGUUUUUUUUCAAAUGUACAUAUUCCCAUUCCUACACAACAAAAGGCCAGAAACGUGAAUUUUGUCCCGUGUGAGUAUCAGACAAGUUACAUUUAGCAACGGAUCAUUAUUGAACUUAAAUCCAACGACAAAAGAAGCAUAUGGCAAGUAAAAGAAACAAUUAAAAACAACUAUGAUUUGGCUUUUCUAAACUUUGCUUUUUUCAUUUAUAUAAGUGUAUUAUGGUAAAGGGAAGUGGGAAUAAUUCUAAAUGUUGCUUUCAUGUGAGUGAUGACUGGCAUAUUGUUUCCUAUUCUUUUUUAACAACAUGGCCCCUCGCAUUUUGAAAAGUAGUUGUCACACUUAAGAGUGAGAGAGAGGAUGUAAAACCAACAAGCUGUUUUCUCAAGGUUGUUUUGGUUUCAGCUUUAGCUUCAAAGUAGUUCCUGCUUCAGCCUUGACUCAAGUUGAUCGUGAUCUUAUUGAUAUUGGACAUUGAAUAUCUGAGGACCACGGCUGUUUCAUGCAAGUAGCUGUGAGUAAAGAAUUACAUCCCUGUUAUUCUCCCUAAACGUUCUCUGCAUCUAAGCAGCCCUCCAAUUUCAUCUGGCCUGCAGAAUCUACACGUUUCUCUAAAGUUCAGAUGUGCUUCUCAAGUUCCCCAUAUAAAUGAUACUGGUGGAGAGAACGGCAUCAUGCAGAGAAAGACGUAUUCUUCCUUGAGCCAAAGCUGUUUUUUACCUGUGAGCCUGUGACAGUAAGGCCUGUGAGGACAAAUAUAAGAGUGGUCAUUUGUUAUGGGAGGAAAUGAAAGGACCAUAAAGGACAGCGUUGACUCGGUCCACAGCUUUUGAGGACUAGAGAAAAGAAGACGAGAAGGAGAUGUAUGUGUCAGAGCUCACUCUUGUUUUUUAUUUUCUUUCUGAUUUACUUAAUGAAGGAUCAGCGAGUCCUUUUUGUUGUCAACACGGUGAGAUCUGCGUGACUGCAUGGAACUGGUGUCAUGUUAGCCACUCCCAAAUCACAUCAGUGCCACCACAUGCCUGUAAAAAAAAGGAAACAAACAAAAAUAGAUAAGUGUUAAUCACACUCAAUAGUUCACUUGACAGAAAUAGCUAGACGUGCACUCGCGAACACUAGUUCAAAUGUAAGUUGGUAUUUCUGGCUUUAAGUAUUUUCUCACAGGCAUCUUUCAGUAUUUUAGUUAUUCUAAAUGUGUGUGAGUUGGACCUAUCCAUCAGCUGUCUCAGGUGCCUACCUUUUUAAAUAUAAACAUUUGACCAACAUUCUUUGGAUAAAGAACGGUUCAUGCUCUUUCAAGAUGUGGCACUUUUGUGUCUCCAUUCUGCCUUACAAUGCCAUACAUAACAAGAAGUUAAUACUAGCAUGGACAACAGUAAUGUACUCCUGCUGCUAUUCCUUUUUACACGCUGAUCAAUAAGAAUGAUUGCUGUUUUCUUUCCUUUACGCCAUAGAGGCACAUUCUGAUACUAGUGAACACUAAAAAGCAUGCUUACAGUAAACCACCAUGGCCACAUGCAGCUCCAUACUGCUCCUUAUAGCAAGUGUUUUACAUCACUUUUUAUACAAUUCUGUUUUCUACUACUACCAUACAGUUUGUAGUAUUUAUUAAGGUUCAAUCAGCUGUCAGUGAAACCCCUGUCUGGCAUAACAUGAUUUCUUGUGAUUUUAGAAGGUUUUAGCUGCUUCUACUUUGCUUCGCAUUAAAGACUCCAUUUUGAGAGAAUUCAAAAUAACAGGUUUUGUUUUUUAGCCUGAGAGUAUAUUUGAGAUGUGUAGGGUGAGAUGUGAAUUACAUAUCCUAAUUGAGGUGUAUGUGUGUGUGUGUGUGUGUGUGUGUAUGUUGGGGAAGAGGAGGGAAGACUAGGGUAGGUAGGGGGUUGAUUUGCUAUGUGGAUAACAUAUAGAUCUAAGUGUUACUUCCUCAUUUGUGCCAAUGUUAUCCACAGACCCUGAGCUGUGAACUAGUCAUUGUGACAAAAAGAAAAAAAAAAAACAGAAAACAUGUUAGCUCACUUUACACAAGUGCCAGCCUUCUCCAUGUCUAUCAUUCAAGAUCAUGUGUGUGUUUAUACACAGUCUGUCUGUCAUACAGGUAAACUGCUUAUGUCCCAACAUGUUUUUCUACCCCAAAUGUUAUUGAGCUUAUCACACUCACGUUUCCAUUUUAAGACACUGGAUAUCAGAUGUUCAUGUGUCCCUAGAUCUAGUGACACAGUGACAGACUAACAGUUUCUAUUUAAAGGAAUAGUUUGACAUUUUGGGAGCUGUUCACUUUCUGGCUGUUGGGUGAUUCCCAUACCAAUGUUGUGUUAAAACUGUUGGAUACUAAGCUUCCAUGAUUGAGGUCUUCAUUUGUUUUCAUUCGUUUUUUGAGAUGUAUGUUUUUUGGCCCAUAUUUUUGUUUAUAUGAAAAACAAGUAAAAGCCAUGUGGUGCUACAGUGGCUAUCAUUGUUGCCUCACAGCAAGAACAUCACUGAUUAGGAUUCAGGUUCGACUGAGGGCCUCUCUGUUGUUUUGACAUGUUCUCAUGUGCGUGUGGUUUCUCUCUGGGUACUUAAAAACAUGCAGACAUUAAUUGGAAACUCUAAACUGACCAUGGGUGUGAGAGUGUCUCUGUAUCUUUGCCCUGUGAUGGACUGGCAAUCUGUCCAGAGCCCGCUUUUGCCCCCCACUACCCUCAUGUGGAGAAUAAAGUGGUAGAGAGUGAAUGAAUGAAUGAAAACCAAGUACUCUGUCACAGUUAGCGCUUUCUGUAGCGUACCCAUGAGAGAACCAUCACAUGAUUACUUUGGUAUUGUACAAAACAUAUUAAAAGGUCUAGUGUGUAAGAAAUGGAGGACUCCCACACUCACUCCCUCAGCAAAGAAAUGUUGUGGCCUUCUGCUGUAGAAACCUGGAGGUGCAAGAUGGUGGCCCUUGCCCUAAGUAUUCAUAAAAUUGCCCAGGCGAUUCUAAGGCUAAACCCCCCGAAUUAUUUUAAAGUGAGUUAUAGUUGGUGUCUGCCAAUAAACCCUCCUAAACUUACACAGUGGAUCUUUAAUGGAGGGGAAUUAUUGGGAACUUGACUGUGCUGCCACUCCUGUAUUAAUAUGUAAAUAUGUUUAAAAAAACUAAAUUAAAGAGGAAAAAACAACAAGCAGCAGCCUUGUCUUAGCUAGGAACUCCAGUUGGUUGCCUGGAAACUGGACCAGAACAUACAGUUCUCCAGCUUCUUUUUCAGUAUUGAACAGACAUACUAGCUACAUUUGCCAUUAAUUAGUUUACAGGCAUUUUAUCAGCAGUUUUUGUUUGUACUUACAAAAAGUUAAUCUAUAGCUGUUUGUUUCGUUUUCUGACUUUGUGCUAAGCUAAGCUAAGCUAAACUAAGCUAAGCUAGUCUGCAGUAAGUAUGGUCGACAGAGACAAAAGUCACCUGAAAUUUCAUCUCCACCAGAAAGUGAAUCAUUUAUUUCCCUUUCUCAAACCAUCUCAACCCAUCUUCACUUAUUCUGUCAUUAUAUUCUGUGUGAACUUUUAAAAACAUAAGCACCAUAGUCCUUACCAGGUAAAAACGUGAUAUUCAGCAGGCGGCCAUUUCCUCACAGUGUGUGUAAUUCAGCAGUAUUAGCAGCUGGAACCUGGAAUAGCAAGUUAACACUUUGUGCCUGUGCAGUUCACUCAUAAACAGAGGUGCUUUGCUUCGUUCAUUAGCACAAUCGUCUUGUAUUUACUCCCACCCCCCUCCCAAUGGUUCAGUCCCAUUACUUGUCACCUGCUUGUCUGUCAACACCUGAUGCUUUAAGGUCUGAAGUGUCAGGACUUUAUUUUAAUCCUUGAGUUAACAUCUAACUUUAAAGAUUAAAUGGAAAACCUGUGCAGCAUAGUCAGGCAGUGAUUGAUGAUGAUGACGAUACACUUCAUGAUCUUAACUGAAUUUACAAAAAAAAAAAUCACGCACUAAAGGGGAGGGGGGAUCGUCACCAUUUGAAUUGGUUGUAUCACACAUAACCACCACCACCACAACAUCCUCACAAAUAUAAUGCACUGCCCUUUGACUCUACAACCUACUGUUCUGACAUUUUCAUUUUUUAUUUUUGGUUUUAUUUAUUGUUAUAUGUAAGCCAGUAAAGACCAGGGACUCGGUGCCAUGAUAAUUCUCUUACAGUGCUAUCGUGUGAAAUUAUAAUCACUUGUUAUGGAAUAAUUUUUAUAGUCUUUUUCACACCAGACCUUUUUUUUGUAUUUGUACAGUGGCUUGGUUAUACUGAUAUGUUGCCAUGAGUUAUUGUAACCAAUAAAAAAAAAGCUUUUAACCAAGA